UCCGGCCCGUCACGCUGCAGGCUCUGCUGCCUCUCCCUGGCUGAGGGAGACACUCGUACCCUGUGUAACGCUGUGACCCGCUGUCGGGAGCUGUGGGGAGAGCGGGGCGAGCUCAGAGUCCGCCAUGGAUGUAGUGACCUUUGAGGAUGUGCAUGUGAACUUCACUCAUGAAGAGUGGUCUUUGCUGGAUCCAUCUCAGAAGAGUCUCUACAAAGAUGUGAUGCUGGAAACCUACUGGAACCUCACUUCUAUAGGGUACAAAUGGGAAGACCACAAUAUUGAAGAACAUUGUCAAAGUUCUGGGACACCUGGAAGGUAUAUCAUCUGUCACUGUGGAUUCAGGCCAUGUGAGCAUAAUGGAUGUGGAAAGAAGCAUGGUACUCCUGUCUCUCUCAGAACAAAUAAAAGAUGUGUAAUAGUUCCCUCCAUGAAAAGACAUGGUGACUGUGAAAUAAGCUUACAAUUAAUUGGUAUUCCAACUUCAGUGGGAAUAUAUCAACAAACUCAUAUUGAAGAAAAACCACCUGAGUACACGGAAUAUGAAAAUGUGCCUGUCUAUACUGGAUCACUUUGCACAGGUCACGUGACUCACAUGACAAGAAAAUGCUAUGAAUGCAAUCAAUGUGGUAAAACUGUGAGUCCUUCCAGUUCUCUUCAAAGACAUUUGAAAACUCAUAUGAGAAGAAGAAAUAAUAAAUGUGAGCCAUCUCCUAAAGACUUCAGCUGUUACAAAUAUCUCCAAGCACACAAAACAAUCAAUAAUGAAGAGGAUCUCUAUGAAUGUAAAGCCUUUAUAUCUGAUUCCUCUUUAGAUGUACAUGAAAGAACUCAUUUUGAAAUAAAUCCCUGUGAAUAUAACAGUGAUAAAAUCUUUGAAUGCCAUAGUCUUCAUCAAGUACAUAGAACUCAUGUUAGAGAGAAAAGGUGUGGAUAUCAUUAUUGUGGUAGAGACUUUGCAUCACCUCCUUAUCUUCAAAUACAUGCAAAAAAUCAUCCUGGAGAGAAGCCCCAUGUAUGUAAUCAAUGUGGUAAAUCCUUUGCUCAUAAAAGUCAUCUUCUCAGUCAUGAAAGAACUCAUACUGGAGAGAAACCCUAUGGGUGUAAUAAGUGUGGUAAAGCAUUUGCACAUAAAAGUCAUCUUCACAGGCAUGAAAGAAGUCAUACUGGAGAAAAACCCCAUGAAUGUAAUCAAUGUGGUAAAGUUUUUGCACAAAAAAAUAAUCUUCACAAUCAUGAAAGAAGUCAUAGAGGAGAGAAACCCUAUGAAUGUAAUCAGUGUGGAAAAGCCUUUGCACAGAAGAACAAUCUUCACAGUCAUGAAAGAAUUCAUACUGGAGAGAAACCCUAUGAAUGUAAUCAAUGUGGUAAAGCCUUUGCAUGUAAUAGUGCUCUUUACAUGCAUAAAAGAAGGCAUACUGGUGAGAAACCCUUUGAAUGUAUUCAAUGUGGCAAAGCCUUUGUACAGAAGUACAAUCUUUACCGUCAUGAAAGAAGUCAUAGGGGAGAGAAACCCUAUAAAUGUAAUCAAUGUAGUAAAGUUUUUGCAGAUAAGUGUAAUCUUUAUAGGCAUGAAAGAAGUCAUACUAGAUAGAAAUCCUAUGAAUGUUAAAGUAACAAGAUCUUUGCAUAUUGCAGUAGCAUUCAAAAUCUUGAAAAAAGUUCACAGUGAUGAAAAUCCCCAUGAGGCCUUGCAGUCAACAUACAUUUUUUCCUAUCUAUCUCACCAAUUCAAAAUGCAAUUUAUGCUGUUGUCUUAGUUUGGGUUUUCAUUGCUGUGAAGUGACAUUAUGACUACACUAACUCUUAUAAAGAAAACAUUCAAUUGAGAUGACUUUCUUAUAG